AUGACCAUGGCCCUUUUAGCCAAAAAUAAGAUGGGUUUUGUUGAUGGUUCUAUUCCGAAACCCACGGGUCUCCACUCUCUCAUUGUUUCUUGGGAGAGAUCCAACAACAUGGUACUUUCUUGGCUGCUGAAUUCUCUUCACAAGUCACUGACUUCAACAGUCGUUUAUGCCACAAACGCUGCAGACGUUUGGCAUGAAUUAAAGACUAGAUUCACCCGGUCAAAUGCUCCACGUCUUUAUCAAAUCCAACAACAGAUUAUUAACUGCAAGCAGGGACAAUCUUCCAUUAGUACGUAUUACACUCAAAUCAAGGGCCGUUGGGAUGAGUAUGAUUCGCUUGUCACUCUUCCCACUUGUGAAUGUGGAGCCAUGAGGAAAGCACAUGACAUUCAAGAACAUGACAGAUUAAUUCAGUUCUUGAUGGGGCUGAAUGAGAGCUAUGGAGCGAUUCGUAGCCAGAUCUUACUCAUGGAUCCUAUCCCCAACACGUCCAAAGCUUACGCCCUGCUGGUUCAAGAGGAAUGCCAACGUGAUCUCCAUGUUCCCCUACAAUCUGACAACAUUUCAGCAGCUAUUGUGAAGAAACAGAAUCAUGACAACAACCGCUUUAAGAGUCGAACCAGACCUCAAUGUGAACACUGUGGGCGACUUGGGCAUAUUAAGGCUCGCUGCUACCUCCUUCACGGUUUUCCCAAGAAGAGCACUUCUAAUGGCCAACGACAACAGCCUCAAGCAAACCUUCAUUCUACCAAUGAUGCAUUGUCAAUUCCUCCAUCCACAAAGUCUCAAGAGCAGUCGCCUCCCCUCACACCAGAACUAUAUCAUCAGUUUAUGGAAUUCAUAAAUUCCAAAACACCCAAAGUCAACCUGGCAGCUCAAUCUAAUCCUGUUAAGCUCCCUAAUGGUUCCACCACUCCAGUUACCCAUGUUGGACCGACGCUCGAUGAAGACGAUUGGGAAGGGUAG